CACUGCAUCAUCCUACCUUAAACACCACCACCACAAAUACAACAGAGAUGUGUAAAAGUUCCAACAAAUGUAGAAAUGACGCAGCAUGCUAUUCCAGUAAACUGCAGACGGUGACGUGCAUCUGUCGUCUUGGAUUUCAAGGACCAAACUGUUCUGAUGUAACAGGCGGGAACCUUACGAGCCCAUUUUACAUAGGGACCAGAUUCACGGAUAGCGCGCUUCCAAAGACAGUCAUCUGUUUUCUCUCACUACCCUGCCAUAUUCCUUUCACGGUCAUCCGUAAUACUCAUCAUAUGCCUUCCAUUGUCCCUGGAUUCAUAACUAAUGCAAUAAAAAUAAGAAGAAUAGACUUAAACAGCACAGAAUUAUCUGGCAGAAUUAUCCACGGGAAUGUUGAUAUCAUCGGUUCAUCCUUGGGACUUGCAAAUGUUUGUCUAGCUUCUGUAGGGAAAGCUGGGUAA